AUCAGCUGGAUGCGUAAAGGAAAACGUAACGUAAUUCCGUGACAGCGCGUAACGGACGUAACUGUCGAACGUAUUUUAUUCGAAGAAUCCACGAUAAAAUGGGUCUUUUCCAGACUUCUUCGCCUUUCGACGCUGACGUCGAAAAGGCAACUAGCGAGAAGAAUAUAUCCGAAGAAUGGGGGAAGAUAAUGGAUAUUUGUGAUAAAGUAGGCACCUCUACUCAACAUGCAAAGGAUUGUUUACGAUCAAUUGUUAAAAGAUUAGGUUCUCCAGAUCCACACAUUGUUAUGCAGGCAUUAAUUUUAUUGGAUGCGUGUGUCAGCAAUUGUGGGAAACCCUUUCAUUUAGAGAUAGCAUCAAGAGAGUUUGAAAAUGAUCUGAGGAAACUCAUUAAUCACUCUCAGCCAAAGAUUGCAGACAGAACUAAAGGGUUUUUGAAGAAAUGGGCUGAAGGAGAUUUCAAAACUGAUCCUCAGCUUAAUUUAAUUCCAAGUUUAUACAAUAAACUUAAAAACGAAGGUUAUGAUUUCUCUUGUGUCUCGGAUAUGCCUAAACGUACAAGCAUAUUAAGUAAAGAUCCAAAUGUAGUAACGAAUUCACAAGAAGAAGAAGAUAUUGCAAAAGCCAUAGAACUUUCGCUUAAAGAAACUAAAGCUCAAAAUCAAGUGUCUUGUUCGCAUAGUUCACCAGCAUCUAAAAAGAAUACUAGUUUAUACCCAAAUGUAAACGCGGCGUUUGGUGGUUCAAGCAAUUCUGAAGGCAGGAAGGUCCGUGCUCUGUAUGAUUUCGAGGCAGCAGAAGAUAAUGAAUUAACAUUUUUAGCAGGAGAAAUAAUUAACAUUUUGGAUGAUUCCGAUCCGAAUUGGUGGAAAGGCAGUAAUAAUAGAGGUGAAGGACUCUUUCCCUCUAAUUUCGUUACUGCAGACUUGUCUAUGGAGCCUGAACAGUUUACAAAAUUGGAACACAGUAACAAAAAAAUGGUUCAGUUCGCUGAAGAAGUAGAAGUGAAAACGGUGAAGAGAGAACCGGAAGUGAUCGAAGUUGAAAUAGAUGAAAGGAAAAUGGAUAGACUUUUACAUUUAUUACAUGAAGCUGAUCCACAGUGUGAUACUUCAGAUUCACAGGAGAUGCUUGAAUUGGAAGAACAAGUAACUGCGAUGGGACCUUUAAUAGACGCCGCUUUAGAAAAAGUAGAUAGGAGGCAUGCGCAACUAACUCAGUUAAGUUCUGAUUUGGUGGAUGCUCUUAAUUUGUAUCAUACAUUGAUGCGAGAACCACCGCCUCCUACGCCGUCUAAUUACACUUUACCUAAAAUGUCACCGCAUAUAAAUCCUUACCAGUUUCAAAAUCAGGGACCACCACCACCACCACAACAUAUAUAUAAUGGAGUACCUCCGCCCCAUCAAUCUUUUCCUGUUGGAGGUGGUCCAUCCGGACCGUAUAACACUAAUAUUCCAACUAGUGAAUAUAUGGGGCCUGCGAGUAUGCCAAACAUGAUGUUAUCGCAACAUUAUCAUGUUCCACCGACAGGUCCGCAUCAACAUUCUUCAGGACAUCCUCAGGGUUUACCAGUGCCAGAGCAAAGCAAUCUUCAUUACUCUCAUCAAGGAUAUCCACCUCAAAGUGGUCCAUUGCCAGGAUCGUAUGGUCCAUCAGGACCGACAGGACCUCCGGUAAGCCAACAACCUCAAUAUGCUCCGCCAAAUGGGCAGCGCAUGAUGUAAAGUAAUGCUGUAUGUUUCAAAUUCAUCCUGUACUCUAAUUCAAGUUGUACAAUAUUACUAUAUUAUAAUUAUUUAAAUAAACAUACCCGAAAUAGCCAAAGAUACUGGGUUUUUGAUGGAAGUUUUGUAUUCAAAACUUAUCGUGUAAGCUUAUUAUUUAUGCAUAUACACAUGAAAAUGUAUUAGGAGAGAACAGUUUAUCUUGUUAAAGUUAGAAAGAUCGUUGUUAUAUCUGUUUUCUUAAAGUAUCUUUGUUAGGCUUGUCAUUCAAAUUCAAUUAGCACAUUCCUUUCAUCCGAUUAGCGUUCAAUUAUUCGAUUUUGUAUAAGUAGUAACCUUGAAUACUAUUAUAUUUUCAAAGUCAAAAGAAAAAAUGAAGAAAGUAAAAAAGGAUUAUUGGCUACAGAUGUGCAGGUGCCCAUCUGCGCAUCCUUAUUAUUGGUUCACAGAUAAUAUGUAUCUUUCAAUUGAUGUCAAACUUGAAUUGUAUAACAGGCUUUUCUUUAUUUAUAAUGUAUUUUGUAAAGUUCGUUGUACAUUUGUAAUGAAAGUUGCAUUGUCAUUUCUCGUGUAAUUACAAUCGUACACAAAAUAUACCCUAUAAAUGGUAAAGAAUUGUAUUUAAAGCAGUACCAUAUUUUAUAGUUUUUUACUGUCAUUCAGAAAAUUCUUUUCUUUUUAAAGAAGAUGGUACAUAGUUACAUAGUUUUAAAAAAAGCUGCUCGAAUUAAAUAAUUGUUGAAAUAAAUUUAUAAUCUAUUAUCAUGACAAAACGUCUCAGCGUAGUCUAGUCUGUCUACUAUGUAUAAUAAAAUUGUUUCCUAUUAUUUAUGGAGCGAUACACGGGGAGCUUUUUAUAAACUAUUAACGUAUAAUACUCGCAUACCUUAUAUUAAUUCGUAUUAUCUUAAAACAGAGAAGGGAGAACAAACAAGUGUCUUUUUUUAAAUUUAAAGAUAACAUUUGAUAUUAUAAUUUCUUUAACAGACCUUUAUUUUUAAAUGAUUUAUAUGUAGAACUCAUAUUUUAUAGUUAACAAGUGAUAUUAUUUGUAUUAACAAAAGAAUUUUAAAGAGCAUGAAAUAAGAAAAUUAUAAGAGAUGUUAAAAAAAUAGCAGAAUUCAAAUAUAUUAACAAAAUAUAUUUGAAAUAAAUUAUUUCCUAAUAGCAAUUGGAAAAUAACAUUUACUCAACAAAAUAUUCGAAAUUCAGAAAUGUUUUAAAAAAUAUUAAAUUUUGUAAAGAUGCAAACAAACUGAGGAAGUAAUAAGAAAGGAAUACUAUUCUUUUGUAACAAUUAUGUAUUUUACUUUAAAUGCGUUUCUAUUAAAAAGAGUAAGAAGGAAGAGAUAAAGAUGUAGAAAGUGAAAGAAGAAUGAGCCCUAUGGGAAGAUAAAUGUAAUUUGCAUUGUAUAUAACAAUUGUCAUUAAACAAAUUAUUUAAAUAA